UCUCCUCCGUCCUCCACUCUCAGCUGCCAAACCGUCUGUGCCAGGACACACUGCUUCUUUCUCUGAUUGAUCAGCACACUUCUUUUAGCCAUGGAACCCCUGUUCAGACGCCAGAGUUCUCAGGUUCUUGGUGGCCAAGGCAGACACCACGAGAGGGGCUAUGCCUUCAGUGUCAGCGGAGGGGCAGGUGGCCACGGGACCAGGAUCUCAACCGCUAGCUAUGGCACGCGGGUUGGCAGCGGCUUCGGGGGUGGGUAUGACUACCAGUCCUUGUCCUCAGGGUCCACCUCUGGAGUCCUGGGCAUCACUAACGAGAAGGCAACCAUGCAGGGCCUGAACGACCGCCUGGCAAGCUACCUGGAGACGGUGAGGACUCUGGAGAAGGCCAACCACAAGCUGGAGAUCAAGAUCAGAGAGGCCAUUGAGAAGAAAGGCCCUUUGGAGGGGAGGGACUACAGCAGGUAUUUUGCCAUCAUCGAGGAUCUGAGGGCCAAGAUACUUGACAUGAUCAAGGGUAACUCACAGCUUUCCAUCAAUCUUGACAACGCACGCCUGGCUUCAGACGACUUCAGAAUCAAGAUGGAGUAUGAGUUGUCCAUGCGCCAGACGGUGGAGGCUGAUGUGGCCAGGCUGAGGAAGCUUCUGGACGACACCAAUGUUAUCCGCAUGCACCUGGAGGGUGACAUCGAGUCUUUGAAGGAGGAGCUGAUCAGCCUGAAGAAGAACCAUGAGAUGGAAGUCGCUGAACUGCGUGCCCAGAUCACCCAGGGUAGCGUCCAUGUGGAUGUCGACGCUCCUAAAGGACAGGACCUGAACAGGAUUAUGGAGGAGAUGAGGGCCAAGUAUGAGAAGAUAGCACAGAAGAACCAGGAGGAGCUCAAAGCAUGGCAUGAAUCUCAGAUCACGGAAGUGCAGGUCAUAGUGACAGAGAGCUCAACAGCCCUGAAGGAAGCCACCAGUGAGAUGACUGAAACCAGGAGGAGGGUUCAGUCGUUGGAAAUUGAACUGCAGUCUGUACUGGGCCUGAAAGCGUCCCUGGAGGCCACCCUGCGUGACAUCGAGAUGCGUUACAACAUGGAGAUAGAGAAGUACAACGUGAUCAUUCUGAGGCUGCAGGAGGAGCUCACUAAGAUCCGCAGCGACAUCCAGCACAACACGCAGGAGUACGAGCUGCUGCUCAACAUCAAGGUGAAGCUGGAGGCCGAGAUCGCAGAGUACAGGAGGCUGCUGGACGGCGAGGCAGACUUCGAACUGGCGGACGCACUUGAGCAAAAGAAGGUCCAGACCAAAGUGGUGACUGUCACUCAGACUCUGGUGGACGGUAAAGUGGUGUCAGAGAGCAAGGACGUCAAAUCCAGUGAAAAGCUUACUUCUUAAAGACUGGAACAAACCCCUUUGUAAAAAAAAAAAUAAAAUAAAAUAACAUGAACAAAAAUCGUA